GGCUGCGUGACAUACUAAGAGUCAUCAUACCGACUGUGUGAUGAUAGGCUGCGUGACAUACUAAGAGUCAUCAUACCGACUGUGUGAUGAUAGGCUGCGUGACAUACUAAGAGUCAUCAUACCGACUGUGUGAUGAUAGGCUGCGGGACAUACUAAGAGUCAUCAUACCGACUGUGUGAUGAUAGGCUACGUGACAUACUAAGAGUCAUCAUACCGACUGUGUGAUGAUAGGCUGCGGGACAUACUAAGAGUCAUCAUACCGACUGUGUGAUGAUAGGCUGCGUGACAUACUAAGAGUCAUCAUACCGACUGUGUGAUGAUAGGCUGCGGGACAUACUAAGAGUCAUCAUACCGACUGUGUGAUGAUAGGCUGCGUGAUAUACGAUGCACUCCCCACGCACUGGGCUGAGAAUACGAUCGCUACCCUUUGACCUCGACAAUGUGUGCUCCUCGGUAAACAAAAACUUAGAAAAACCUCAGCAAGAGUCCAAGAAUCCUCCUGUAAUCAUUUACCCGGUGGGUUCUGAGACGGGGCAGCCAGUCUCCGCGCUGCGACGCGCCUUGAUAAGACCGCAGAAGUUAGCACAGGGCCAGCGGCGGCAGCAGCAGCCGCAGCAGCCGCAGCCGAUCCUCGACUCCACCACGCUGAGCGUGCGGGAUGGACGGCCACGCCGCGCUGCUUCUCUCCCUGCUCCUCGCCCUCUUACAAGCCCUCUUGGGGGACGCGUCUCUGCUGCUGAGACAGCACAGGGCCAACGAGCAAGUGCAGGCUGUUGCUGCUGCACCCAGAGACGAACAAGACGUGCGGGACUGCACCGUCAGCCCGCCAUUCCUGCCCCCGACCGUUACCGUCACCCAGCAGCGCCUCCUAGGUCUGCGUCAGCUGAUGAACAAUGUCUCCUACAACCUGGACGUCUACAUCAUCCCAGCCUCCGACUCUCACAUGAGUGAAUACAUCGCUCCCCGUGACGCACGCAUGGCGUGGAUUACUGGGUUCACUGGCUCCUCGGGGAUAGCGGUGGUGGCCAAGACAAAAGCCGGACUGUGGACCGACAGCCGGUACUGGAUUCAAGCCGAGAGGCAGAUGGACUGUAACUGGGAACUGCACAAAGGUGGAACCUCUGAUGUCGUGAAGUGGAUCCUCGAGUUGACAACGAAGGGAGGCCGUGUGGGAGUGGACCCCUUCGUCCUCUCCAUCAACCAGUGGAACAGCUUCUACACUCCGCUGUCUGAAGCCGGCCGACUGCUCAUCCCUGUGGACACCAACCUGGUGGACGUGGUGUGGGGCGCCGAGCGGCCAGCAACAUCCAGCACCUUCAUCUACUACCUACCUGACAAGUUCACUGGCAGCACGUGGGUGCAGAAGGUGGAGAAGACGCGCUCACUAAUGCGGGAGCACUCGCUCAAGCCCACAGCUCUCAUCCUGUCCGCACUAGAUGAGUGUGCCUGGCUGUUCAACCUCCGUUGCAAUGACAUCCCCUACAAUCCGUUCUUCUUCGCUUACGCCUUCCUCACGCUCAACGAAACCAGGCUGUACCUGAACCUCCACAAGGUGGGCGACGAGCUGCAUGCGAUCUUCAACGUCACGGAGUCUCCCGUGGGGCCGCUGAGCCUGCGGGACUACGGCGCGGUGCGCUCGGACCUGCUCACCUACGGCAAGGGCGACGUGCGCGUGUGGGCCGGAGAGGAGUUCACUACUUACGGCAUCUACCGCCUGCUGCCCAAGGAGAAGCUGGUGAUGGAGCAGUUCUCCCCCGUACAGCUCACCAAGGCCGUCAAAAACCCGCACGAGCAGGAGGCUCUCAAGUCAUCGCAUAUACGCGAUGCUGUGGCGGUGAUCCAGUACAUGGUGUGGCUGGAGGAAAACGUGCCCAAGGGGACGGUGACGGAGCUGUCGGGGAAGCUACACCUGGACCUCCUGCGCGGGAAUCAAGCGUUUUCCGAGGGUCCCAGUUUUGAGACCAUUUCUGCAAGUGGACUCAACGGCGCGCUGGCGCACUACAGUGCCAGCAAUGAGACGAACCGGAAACUGACCACCAACGAGAUGUACCUGUUCGACUCUGGAGGUCAAUACCGAGAUGGAACAACGGACAUCACUCGCACCCUGCACUGGGGAGUCCCAACGGACUUCAUGAAGGAAGCGUACACGCGAGUGCUGAUGGGGAGCAUCGACCUCAGCCAGGCCAUCUUUCCCGACAACACGUUCGGGGCCCGGUUGGACACGUUGGCGAGGCAUGCACUGUGGGAGGCUGGACUCAACUAUGGCCACGGCACCGGCCAUGGCAUCGGCAACUUCCUCAGCGUGCACGAGUGGCCUGUGGGAAUCGGGACAUCCUACGACAUUGGUCUGCACGAAGGGAUGUUCACCUCCAUAGAACCUGGCUACUACCAGGACAACGAGUUUGGAAUUCGUCUGGAGAACAUUGUGAUGGUCGUAAAAGCAGAGACAGCGUACACGUUUGGAGUGAAGCCCUACCUGACCUUCGAGACUGUGACCCUUGUUCCGUACGAGAAGAAGCUGAUCAAGUUGUCACUGCUGUCCGAUAAGCAGGUGAAGUGGCUGAACCAGUACAACGCUGCCAUAUAUCGCGAGGUGGGUGCCGAGCUGAUGAAGCAGAACCUGAGGAAGGAGCACGACUGGCUGCUCAGAGCGACCGAGCCGUUCGGCGGCGAGGGAGACCGAGGAGCGGCUGCAGUGGGGGCGUUGGGGGCCUCGGCGCCCCUCGCUCUGCUCGCCGCACUCUGCACCGCGCUCCUUGUGCCUCGCGCCCUCCACUAAGCUGGGGGGGGUGCACAGGGGGAGGGGGGCUCGGGUUCGCGGCAGUGGCCCGUGCCUCCAGUUCUGCGUUAUCUCUUUCUCAUUGCUUAACGGAGGUGCAACCGCUGUUCGUCUUCGUAAGUAAAUUCAUAGAUACUUAGAUGAUUUAGCGAUUCUUUUUCUAUAUUUGCGUCGUCGUUCAUGCAGAUUGCAUCUAGCAAUCGUCGCUGAGUAGGCAUGAGCUGGAAGGCAGCAGCAGCAGGCAGUCGGUCAGCUGGCGCUGCCAACAAUUGUUCUGACAUUCUCUAUAUUAAGAUGUUUUCAGCAAAUUAGUAAGUGUGUAUUAUACAUGUGGGAGGAAAUCGGACCACCCAUAGAAAACCCACCCGUGCGAGGGGGCAACAUUCUAUCCCAUACAGAAGAGAAAGAUUAUAUGAGUCCACACUUUUUUCUGUCCUGCGUUCUGCUGGCGAGCCAAGGUGUUGCACAUCAAUGCCCACGGAAAGGGAGCCUCGCAAAUUUUUGUAAUUUGGCAGAUCCACCGACCCUCGCUGCCUGCCUCACUGUCUGGAUUACAAGCCACGUGCUUGGCCGGCGCCACCACCACGCGGCUGGUCCACAGUUUGGGUUGCAUGGCCACAGUCGCACUCCUGUGGCUUGUCGUUAAAUAAAGGAGAUGUGCGCAUCGGCCUGUUGACGUUCUCAUGCGAUUAAUGGUUACACCACCGGUGUCUUCGAGGUAGAAUGCCAAAAGGUGGUGCAAUGCUUGCGUUUCGAAUGAGGUGUUUAUUCUAGAUGUCUGCGUUGUUCCACUGCAGACUACAACAUCAGUAAAUUAAGUCCACAACAGUCAUCAAGCUAAGAUAGACACUCAACUUGGUUUAGAUGUGGCCAAGAGACACCCAUACAUUUUUUACAAACGUGGAUAUUUUUUCUCCCCUCAACCUUAUGUGACACAGACGCUGAUUAUGCUGAUGACAUGCCUUUACAUAUGCACGAGCACAUUUUAUAAUUUCCCUCCACUGCCAUCUUCUGGCCACGUCGCAGCCCGGCAUGAUUGGGGAGUUUCACACAAAGCUGCGUGAUUCACCAACUCUGCCUCUGGCGCGUUGGAUCACAUCCAGAUAAUGAUUAGUGUCGUUAGCCAGGCAAAGAUGCAUCGAAUCGUUCAUCCAAAGCUAUGCCUAUGCUCACGAUGCAUCCGUCCAAUUGUGGAUGUGAGAAUCAAUCGCGCACAUUGUAUGAUAAUCGAAUGAUACACUCGUGUACUGUGGGCACGUGGAAUGAACAAAGUGCAACAAACCGAGACCAAGAAAGUAUGAAGCAGGGUAAAUGAGACGGCAAAACCGAACCCUAACAAUGACGGAUUCUUGAAUUGAAUUACGAUCCUAAGUCGUGAAGGUGCUGUGGCGUUCCACGUGCAAACACAACUCACAAAGCAAUCGGUUUAAUGUUUCACGGCAGGACCCUGCUGAAAAAGAGUGGAGACUGAAUCUCAUCGGCCUUACUGUCUUACAAUCCCAUAUAACACAGCAGGGCCGUAUGCCACUCUGUGGAAGGACCUCCCAGUUCUACGUGAACUCUGGACCUGAUGUCCUCCUGGAGUAACCGAGGCGGUGCGUGUGAGCAGUCCAGCUGAUUGAAUUAUUCACCCCCUGUUUGUAAGUCGCACAUAUCGUAAUCUCACCGUCAACUGUGAAAACAAUACUUUCUUCUACUGCUCAUGCCUUUUCCUGAUUGUCUAAAGCCAAAGGCAAUUUCUCUUUGGAUUCUCACGAUGUGAUCAUUCUGGCAAUCAACAAGAAUUACUGUCUUAAGUAACAUUUUGGAAACCGUCCCUUCAUCAACCAAAGGAGCGACAUUACCAUCGUAUUCUCUUGAUAAGACAUUUCCCCCCACAUAUUUAAAGCUAAAGUUUGGUGUGCAUCUGAUAACCAAUUAGGUGUGUGUGGCCAGAUUUGCCUAACGAUAUGUAAAAUUAAAUCUUAUCCCUAUAUAUUGACACUGGACAUAUUGUCCAUAAUCUAGUUUUUUGGGUUAGAUCGCGUAAAUAUAUGUAUCGUUAAACCCGCCACCACCCAACACACAAUUAGUAAGGUUUGUCACGUAAACAGAACAUUUCGUUACUAAUACAGCACACCUGUGUGUUGGAGAAAACCUCUUAUGGACAAUAUUGGUCGCGAAAGCCUACGUGUUAAACUGACUGGACACAUUGUCCUGGUGCGUUCCACUUUAGUAAUAAUCCAGAGGAUAGUCACGGAAAUUCCGUGCAAGUCGUCGGUUGGUGUGAUGUUCAUGGGACGUUAAUUGUGAAUGCGAAAAUAUAUAUAAAAGGACACGUGCUAAUCUUAGGGUAAUGCAAAUUUUAAGCCUGUGGAGAGUAAAAUUCCACGACAGAUGUUUGACACCUCCAGAGCUAAAGUUACUUAAGCUCUAGACACUCUUCUGUUAUUCAAUCUGUACUUGUAACAUCGUUAACUUUACUUUUGUUUAUCAUAUUAAACUCUUUAAAUUACAUCUUAUGAUAUAUUAUGUUACCUCAUUGAAUUAUUAAAAUGAUACAAGAACAUUG